AUGGAUAACAGAGACAGAGAAGUACGGAAUCAACAGUUAGAAUGGGGAAGUCCCAUCGAAUAUGAAAACGGAUCUUUUUAUUAUAACAUGAAAAUAAAGCGCCAAAAAGUGAAUGUGGUCGAUGUUCUCCAGAGUAUAUUCAGUAUUAUCCAAAGUCGUUUUGAUCAUAUCACAAACAGCCAAAACAAGGCAGUAAUUAGUGUUCCUGCUACGUUCGGUGAAAAUGCAUUUCAUAUUGUGGAAGAUGCUGGUAAAGUUUUCGGGGCAUGCACAGUAAUCACACAUGACCUCGCUGCCAUCUACAGCCACACCAUUUCAUUUGUCGAUUCUCUCGUUAUUUGCUGCGGCGAAUACCUAUCGACGGUUUCUCUCUAUUCGGGUUCGAAUCUGGUUUGGUCGCUUAGUUUCUCCGAUUUGGAUCUUCCUCACGAGCUCUACCUCAUUCUCCAGUUAAAUCCCUCCUAUUCGCCCUCUGCAGACACCGACAGCUCUACGCAGGACAACCGCGCGUCUCUCUACUGCGAGGCGCGCGCUCUCGCGCUGAAAGUGAUGACCAACCAGCCGUUCAAGGUGCAGGAUGACUCGCUCUACGGCACCAUCCAGCAGCUCGCCACCUCCAAGAAACAGCAAUUUAUCGACGCUCUCAAGCUGAACAUCGCGCGUCGCGAUCUCUCCGGCGUUCAACGCGUCUGCAUCUGCGGCGAAUACGCGCCGCUCCUCCUUCCCAUCAUUCAAGACUACUGCAAAAAGCAGCUUCCUUGCGACCAUCUCGAGUUUCUCUGCGACCAGCAGCAGAUCGUGCGCGGGAGCGUUCGCUACUGCACCACUCUCGAAGGCCUGCUCAUCAAAACCAUCGCGCCCUUGCGCUCCACGCCGCUCUCCGAGGAGAUCUGGGUGCUCUUCAAGACCGGUCUGCACUGCGUGUUCCCCUCGAUUCGCAAGCUCCCGGCGCGGAAAGUGCUGCAAGUGAGCUUCACGGAGCGGUCGAAGAGUGUGUAUUUCUUUAAAGGAAGGCAGCACACGCCUCUGGCGAAGUAUAUGCUCGUGCAGGACAGGCAGCACGAAGCGGGGUCGGAGUUGUCGAAUGUGGUGUUGAUGGAGUGUAAGCUCAACGAACGCGAUGAAUUCUCGGUUCUUUUCUAUUGGAAGGAUACGAGAGAGCGAGUGUAUAUGAUCGAUUUCGGAACCAAUGGGAGAUUAAUGGAAAAGACAGAGCCGGACGAACCGACUUUAUAUACAUUAUACUGCAGUGUUUGUUUCCAACAAAAACGGAUUACAUAA